AUGGUGUUAGCAGAAUCGCCGGAUGCGGAGCCACGAGGUGAUACCAGCCCCGUUGCUGCUUCCCGCGUCUUCAACUGUACGCAGUGCAAAUCCAAGUUCAAUCGCCAGGCGCAUCUAAAGCGCCACCAGAAAAGCCACCGGGCAGACAAGCCAUUCUCCUGCUUAUACUGCAAGUUGUCUUCGUCCCGCAAAGAUGUCAUCACUCGCCAUACGAGGAACUUCCACCCCGAUAAGAUGCGAACACCGAGUAACGGCAAUAGCCGAAGUCGCAGCAGCUUGUCACCGCGCCGUGCCGCCUCGAUACAAGAACAGAGCGAUUUAGAUGGCACCGCUAGCGAUAAAGAGCCAAGACGGAUGAGUACCCUAGGAACAAGCCUGCCGCAGGACUCCGACGUCACCAGCGCGGUAUACGAGAGUUUCGGGGACUCCAUUUCUCGAGAGAACAGGCUUUUGGGGCUCGAUGCUCCAACCGUGACUUCAACAGACAUGUUGGACAUCUGGGGAGAUUUCCAGUUUGCUGAUCCCGCUAUGUCGCAGAUAAUCGGGCCAGACGUCUUGCUGCUUCCAGAUAUGGCCCCGCAGAACCACCAAGGGAUCAGAUUCCCGCCUUUGCAGGCUCCCCCCUCUCCCAUCAGCAGUACCUCGAUCGCAAGUUGUCCACCCGAAAGUAGAGGCGCCUUCUAUAUUGAGGACGAGCAGUAUCAGAGAGCCAAGCAAAACUACGAUGCUGUCACCACAUCGGAGCGGUUUUCAAGUUACCGGUUUCCAUCCAAAUUCGCCGUCAGUCGAUUUGUUCGAGGCUUCUUUGAGUAUAUGGCCCCGCACAUGCCCAUCGUGCAUCUUCCGACUUUUAAUAUCAUUUCUACCCCAGCACCUCUUUUGAUCCAGAUAAUGGCAUGCGGUGCUCUGUAUGCCAAGGAGCCGACUGCAGCACAGAGUCUACACGUGGCGGCCUUGCUGUUAAUGAGAAAGCACGGAGAAUCGGCUCUUUUCCAUAACAAGGACACCAAAGGUCAACUAUGGCCGUUGCAAACUAGUCUCUUGGUGUAUUAUCUUGAUGCCUUUAGUGGAAACUCACUUGCAGAGGGGCGUUCAAUACAAACUCUCAGUCAGGUUAUGACCCUUGCCCACGAGGCUAUCCGAGAGCUGGAGGUUCCCGAGACACCAACGUACAAGGAAUGGGUACACCAUGAGACGCUAAACAGGUGUCUGUCGGCAAUUGUCAUUCUCAGCGCUGCCUUGUUCUUAGACAGUCCGGAACGGUGUUCCUUACUUACAAUUCAGCACACCAGAUUCCCGCUACCGUCAUCUGCAUCAUUAUGGUCAAAGGACGAAAGUUGCUGGAAACGCCCCAAUGAAGCCUUUUACAGCACCGAUACCGUCAAGCUAGUUCUCGAUGGAUACGAGUUACCUCCGCAGAACUCCGACUUUGGUUUUGCAACUAUUGUUUCGGCUGUAGUAUGUCACAUAUGCGCCUUUGAAUCGCUUUUCGGGGCCCAGCACCCUGACCUAUUCAACACCUUCAUCGAGAAAAUGGAUGGGCCGGUUCAAGUUCUCAAGAACGCCUGGAAAGAACAAUCAUCUACUCAGUUCCUCAUAGAGUCCUCGGUGUCUCAUAUGGCGCAUACAACACGGUCUAUGAUACUCUCGACAAGCUUUCAUCUGUACGGAAGCCAGCAAUUGAAGACUAUGAAACAGUCCCUUCAAAGCCCGGCUCUUUUCGAUUGGGCAAGCCUAGAAACAUCUUCUGACAUCUGUCUAACAGCUAGACUGGAGAAGGCUCUCAUAAUGGCAGCUGAAAUGUUAAGGUCAGACUGUCAGACAGGCUUGGGAUACAUUAAAUCAGUUGGUCUUCACAAAUUCGCGCCUCUCACCUUCAUCGCACCCUACGAAGGGACUUUACUUCUCUGUUGGUACUUGCAGAGCAAGAAGUCCGACCGGAGCCUACACCCUGUCGUUGAUAAAUUAAUUAGCGACGCCAUUUCAGAAGCCGACGGCUGGGUUGAUUUGCACCAUGAGUCGCCUGAGGUCUUUCCUCUAGAAUUAUACGCUAAGUUGUUCGAUUCAUCGCUUUGGCACUGCCUCUAUGAUGUCUGUCAAAGACUUACGCGACUGAAACAGCAGCUUCUUGUUGCGUCCUCGAACACAGCGGACUUCGAAUGUAUUGUAGCUUCGGGAUUGGGGUAAAUGAAGCAAAACCCGUAGAGCGGCUUCUUAUUUACCCGGCUCGUCAUGGCCUUUUCUACUGGCUUACGUUGGCUUCUGACUUGACCUGGUAUUUGUGCAGACUUGCGAUUAACUAAUGGUCGUUCUUGGUAUUGUACGGAUAGUUCAAAGCUCUUGUUAUCUAGAUGGAGCUUAAAUGGAUUGUUAAACGUCGGCACUACGGGGGUCAACUUCACAACCAUAGUAUCAGGGAUCGCCAUUAUUCGGCUGUGGUAACU